AUGGAACAGGAGAUGGACUGUCCGGCGAGUCGCGCAUUGAUGUGUGGACGCCGAAUGUUUCUCUCAGCACUUAUCCUUGCCUCCAAGUACCUACAGGAUCGCAACUACUCUGCUAAAGCUUGGAGCAAGAUGUCUGGCCUCCCCGUAAAGGAGAUCAACACGAACGAGCGCACGUUCCUGGGCAAGAUCUGCUGGAAGCUACAUAUCGCUGAAGCAGUCUUCAAGCGAUGGACAGACGUCGUGCUGAAGUACUCGCCCCACAGCCAUCCGCCGUCACCUGGCCAGCCUGGCUUCAGCAUGUCCUGGAAGGCUAUUGUGCCCGUGCUCACCGCUGAGCUUGAUACUGUCCCUAUGCCAGAGACGAAGACGCCAGUACCGGCACCCUCUGUGCCGAACUACGACUUCUCUUCGCCUGUAACACCGACACCGACGAAGAUGGCUCUUAACCCUAUCGACAUUCAGUCGACUUCACAUGAGAGCACACCCACAUCUUUGGCAAUGUUGCCACGCUUCCUGGAGCCACGUACAGACAUUGCUCCUCCCACGCCAGCUUUGGCUCGCAUGGGUCCUCUACCAACGCCACAGAUGACGCCUUCGACAGUGGGCUCAAGCACUCCUGCAGUGAGUGCUUGCGGCUUAAGGCGAUCAUCCAUGCAUGCGGCAGUGGCACUCAUGCAGAAAGCGAACUUGAAUCGAUGUGCCUACGAUGCAUACCCCUUCGCGAUCCCAGUUUCGGAUCGCUACACUUCUCGUCGUCCUUCGAUCAGUGCAAUGUCUACCGGCUCCAGUCCGGAGUCGAUGAUCUCGGAUCUCUCCACGACUUCGUCAUUGGCGCUCGGUCGAGCCUGCUUGGCUCGACAGGCGACGUGUCGGAACGCUGGACGCCUGACUGGUCUUCCUGCCGCUGUCAGGGAGGAGAAAGAGGGAUCUGUUGCGAAGCCUAUCGUCAUCGCUGAUGAUACCGAGAUGACUCUGAGCCCGGAGGUUGUUGACUUCACGGUCAGUGAUAAAGUCUUGCAUGCACCUCAUAGGCAUAGCAAGCAUGCACCUCAUCAUGUGCAGCCUGUUACUGCCUCUUCGACGACCGACAAAGGCCGCAAGCGUGCGAGACCGAAGGCGGGGCGUCGCUCGGACCUACAAGACGAGAUCCGCUUUCAGCUGGAGCAGGAUUACGAUGAUGAUAUGAUGGAUGUCGACAACGACACCGAUGAUGUCUCGCCAUCUCCCGCGACGGACUAUGCUACCCGAAUGCUAUCGCAAGAUGCGUAUGGCAGGAAGGUCGAGGCACAGCCCUCGCCGUCACUUGCGAAGCAGAAGGCCGCAAGGAUACCUAUGCAGAAGAACGAGGGCAAGAAGCGGACGUGUUGUACUGCUACUACGAUGAGCAUCUCGCCGUCGCCGUCCGCUAUACGGUGGGGCGAGGUGGCGUAG